GUCCAGAUGCAUUCAGGCCGCAUUCCAUUUACCUCAGAGCUCCAAGUCUGACCAAUGGAGCAGCAUUCCAGUUAUUAGCACAUUCCAACAUGGUGGCGCCCAAGUAGACAAACACUCUUAGGCUGCAUUCACAAAAAUUCUGUUCAGUCCGACUCCGGUCCUCUUUAAUAAAACUCUGGUCUGCUUUAUGUUUAGUGAUAUUAAUGAAUUAACGAAGCUGUUUGAGUUAAUUUCACCCUCAACCUGCAACUCUGCCAUCUGCUGGUGGAAACUGGUUCUUGCAAUGUAAAAUGUUUCACUCGGUUUCUGCUUCUGACGGUUCCAGUGAUGUUUGUCAGCAGCUCCUUCCUGUCCUCCAGCUCUCAUUUCCUGUCUCUGCAGAUGCAUCAGACGCGGAUGCAGCAACUGCAGCAGCAACUACAGAUACAGCAGCAGCACCAGGCGCAGGCCCAGUCCAUCCAGCAGAUGGUGCAGCAGCAGCAGCAGCAGGUCCAGGUCCAGUCGGGUCAGAUGCCUCUUCACUCCCAGCCCGGACUCGUCCCCCAGUCUCUGCCGGGUCAGAUGCCGGCGCAGUCCAUCCCCAUCAGCUCGCUGAGCCAGCAGCAGCAGCAGCAGCAACAGCAGCAACAGCAGCAGCAGCAGCAGCAGCAGCAGCAGCAGCAGCUCAAGAUGCAGGCCUUCCAGCAGGCUCGCACCACGCUGCCGCUGCAACAGGCCCAGCAGGCUGCAGCACAGGCGCAGCUCAACGCCGCUGCAGCUGCCGCCGCUGCCGCGGCCGCGGCCGCGCCUGGACAGAUGGUACGGCCCCCGAUGCAGAAUCUGCCCCGCCCCCCUCGACCUCCUCUGAACGCCGCCAUCCCUCCUGCAAACAGCACGGCCGGGGUCGGAAGUCAGAUGAUGACCCCACAGGUGCAGCAGCAUCCCAUGAUGUCAUCACCCUCACCUGUGCAGGUGCCCACCCCACAGAUGCUGCCCCCCCCCCAGCCAUCCCCGCAGCCCCCCUCCUCUCAGCCCAACUCGGCCAGCUCCGGCCCCACGCCGUCUCCAGGCGGCUUCCAACCCAGCCCCUCCCCUCAGCCGUCGCCGAGCCCGGUCACCGCCAGAACCCCCCAGCAGAACCACGGGGUGGCCUCGCCCGGGCCCCUCAACACGCCAGGUAACCCCGGGUCGGCAAUGAGUCCGGCUGGAGCCACGUCUCUGGAGGAGCAGCAGUACAUGGAGAAGCUCAAGCAGCUGUCCAAAUACAUCGAGCCGCUUCGCCGGAUGAUCAACAAGAUCGACAAGAAUGAAGACAGGAAGAAGGACCUGAGCAAGAUGAAGAGUCUGUUGAACAUCCUGACUGAUCCAACCAUCAGGUGUCCUCUGAAGACGCUGCAGAAAUGCGAAAUCGCUUUGGAGAAGCUGAAGAACGACAUGGCCGUGGAUUCACGUCUGUUUCAGCCGACGCCACCCCCCCCUCCGGUUCCCACCAAGCAGCAGUAUCUGUGCCAGCCGCUGCUGGACGCCGUCAUGGCCAACAUCCGCUCCCCGGUCUUCAACCACUCCCUGUACCGGACCUUCGCCCCCGCCAUGAGCGCCAUCCACGAGCCGCCCAUCACGGGGCCCAACGUCUGCGGGAGGAAGAGGAAGCACGAGGAAGACGAGCGGCAGACCAUCCCCAACAUCCUGCAGGGGGAGGUAGCGCGCCUCGACGUCAAGUUCCUGGUCAACCUGGACCCGGCAUUCUGCAGCAACAACGGCACCGUGCACCUCAUCUGCAAGCUGGACGAUAAAAACCUGCCCAGCGUUCCUCCGCUGCAGCUCAGCGUUCCUGCAGACUACCCGGAUCAGAGUCCGCACUGGGCCGACGACGGAGACCAGUAUGGCGCCAACGGCUUCCUGCAGACGGUCCACAGGAACAUGACGUCCAAACUGCUGCAGCUCCCUGACAAACACUCGGUGACGGAGCUGCUCAACACCUGGGCCCAGAGCGUCCGGCAGGCCUGCCUGUCCGCCGCCUGAAGCCCCGCCCACUGUCUGAAGCCCCGCCUACUGUAUGUAGCCCCGCCCACUCAGCCACCGCAGUAUCGCACUACAUUCAGGUCCGGUUCAAACCUUACCGGAUUAAAUGAACUGCUGCUCACCUGGUUACCUGGCGACCAAUCAGUCGCCAGCCCUGAAUGCGUCACACUUUAGUUUUUCUGUCAGAUGUUUGAAACCCGGCAACAAAUAAAGAUUUAUCUGCUGUUUUUAUAAAUAAAAUCCAUUUCAUCAUGAA